AUCAAGACUCAUUAAUCUACUUUCCAUAAGGAUUCAAACUUAGGAUAUUAAGAAAACGUAUCAUAAUAUUGCAUGAUUUAUGUAAAGUCUUCCUCAUAGGUAGUGUGUGUGUGUGUAAAUUUGGGAAAGAGGGUUGCUAAUAUAUAUAUAUAUAUUGUUACGAAUCUCACUAUCCAGGCUCUCUGCAAACUGCACCUUACACCAACAACUUAAAGAACUUGACAACUCAGGGCUCCAAAGUAACGUAACACUUUAAUAAUUUAAUAAAUAACAUCCAAUACUGUACAAUUGGCAACACGUACACUGUACAAAUAUCUCUCCGAUAACACCGUUCCGCCGUAUCAACUCUUGCACUGGCCUCUCCGUCUCGUUCCGGGCUUGCACUGGGUUCAACAAUUCAGGACUGACUUCACACACUAGGCUCGUUGUGUCGGACUCGAUCACAGACCAAGAUCAAGACGCCGUUCGCAUCAACUGUACUUGAUAUUACUCCGCACUGAACCGUUGUAAUGCUCCGUACAGAACCACACCGUUGAACUGUGCUGUAGUCAACCGGACUGUAGUGAACCGGGCUCUGAACCCCUGCCGUGAACCUCCUUUCUGAACCUUGAUGUAUUGAGCCCCUUUUCUCGACCGUCUUGACUGCGACACCUCCUCUCUUAUAUAGGGUCCCUACUGGCCUUCUCGAACUGGACAGAACGCCGCUCGACGUUUCUAGGUGGUCAGAUGACUACAACUCUCGUGAAGCUCCUGAACUCUCUUCAUGCCGGCGAUCCUUCCCGAACCGUCCUGUUGAUACUCGACUCGGCUGACCGACGUAGCUCGUCACGGUUGACCGCUCGUCUAGCGCUGGCCUGGGGUGAUUUGCGUCGGAUGACUACACACACACAACUACCCCCAUUUGUGCCACCACCAGGUUUAUAACAAUAUUAUUUGUGUUCAACUGAAAGAUCUAUUAGGUUCUAUUUGUGUUCAACUGAAAGAUCUAUUAGGUUCUAUUUGUGUUCAACUGAAAGAUCUAUUAGGUUCUAUUUGUGUUCAACUGAAAGAUCUAUUAGGUCUAUUUGUGUUCAACUGAAAGAUCUAUUAGGUUCCAUUUGUGUUCAACUGAAAGAUCUAUUAGGUUCUAUUUGUGUUCAACUGAAAGAUCUAUUAGGUUCUAGUAGAGCAUGCAGAAACAAAAAGAAGACAAUGUAAGGUAGUGGACCAGCUUUUCUUUCACUCUAAGAUCCUGUACAAGACUUUUGAUCAUCAGGGUUCAAAGGUUUUGACAACAUGCAUUUUCUCAUUUAAACUACAAGAAAACAAUGAUGUUGAAACUGUUUUUGAAGUCCAUACGUCACAAUCACUUCACCUUUUACAAUACAUGGAGACCUUACAGUUGUCCAAGUGUGCAGAAAAAAGCUCACUCUUGGAAAACAUGGACUGGAUUAAAAGGAAAGGGAAAUUUUAUUUUGAUGGGCAACCCUGGGUCAGGCAAAACUACAACUGGAAAAAUUGUUGCACAGGUUUUGGGCAAAAGAUCUUUUGAUAUUGAUGAUGAUCUCUUGACACCUGUUUGGGGCACAAGUGUUGCAAAUAAGUUGUCAGAUUUGGGGGAAGAAAGAUUUCUUGAAGAGGAAGGUCAAGUUUUGUCAACUCUAGAUGUUCAAGACACAAUUGUUUCCUUGAGUGGUUCUAAUCCACUUGUCUACAAUGCUAUGGCUAAAAUUGGUGAACAGGGUAUCUUCAUUUAUCUAGAUGCUACAAAUGAAACUAUUUUAAAUAGGCAAAAAGCUAUGAAGGUGGACAGAAUAGUUGGAAUGGCUUCAGGUGCUACUCUUGAAGAUGUUAUCAAUUCAAGACGCAGAUGCUAUGAAGAUUGGUAUGAUAUCAGAGUUUUAGUUCAUCCUAAUGAUACAAAACAAGAGAUAGCUGAGAAAGUUCUCAAUGCUAUUGACAAAUUUCAACAUGACCCUGGCCACAGGUCAACUAGACAAGUAGACAAGGGACUUAAUACUGUAACAUUUUUAGAAACUGUUUUACAAGGCAUAGCCCCAGAUGGAGGACUAUAUGUCCGUGGUGGAUUAAGGCCUCAGCUGACACUGGAGGACAUAAGUAGGCUUGUCAAUUUAAAUUACAGAGAGAGAGCUUUGAGACUCUUAGAACCUUGGAUUCAUCCACUGGAUAUAUCUCCCCAAGAACUGAGAGACUAUAUUAAUGAUUCUUACAGUGACAGGAUGUUUGAAGGCCCUGACCUAGCACCUGUGGUUCAUUUAAAAGAAAAGCAAUACAUUCAGGAACUAUUCCAUGGUCCUACAGCAUCUUUUAAAGAUUGGGCCCUGCAGCUGAUGCCAAAGUUUUUCACUCGAGCUGUGAAAGAAUUAUCUCAGAAUAAUGUGAAAUAUCUCAUUCUAACUGCAACUUCUGGUGACACAGGAAGUGCAACCCUUGAUGGCUUUAGCAGACACGCAGCUGAUGUCAAUGUGGGAGUUAUGGUUCUUUAUCCAUUUGGUAAUAUCAGUGAUAUACAAAGAUGGCAGACAACUUCCAUUGAAGGCAAAAACAUUCAUGUUGUAGGGGUUAAAGGUGACUUUGACUUCUGCCAGCAGGCUGUGAAAAAAAUAUUCAGGGAUUCAAAAUUGAUUGAAACUUUGGAUCUUUGUAAAUUAAGUGCUGCCAAUUCUAUCAACUGGGGGAGGCUAUUGCCACAAACUCUAUACCAUGCCUCUGCUUAUUUGAAUUUAGUGAGAGAUUGCAAAAUAUCAUUAGGUGACCAUGUGGAUUAUUGUGUCCCAACUGGCAAUUUUGGAAAUAUAUUGAGUGCAUUUUAUGUCAAGGAAAUGGGAUUUCCCAUUAGGAAACUAAUUUGUGCAUCUAAUGAGAACAAUAUUUUGAUGGAGUUCUUACAAACUGGGAUUUACAGACCAUCUGCUUUUACACUAAAGAAAACUAUUUCUCCCUCUAUAGAUAUAAUACAAUCCUCCAAUUUGGAACGUUUACUCUACCAUCUAUCUGAAGAAGAUUCACACAUGAUUAGUAAUUUUUAUUCCAACUUAACAAAUACUGGAGCUUUCAAAGUUAACAACAGAAUGAAAGAAAAAUUGUCUGCACUAUUUGCAACUGGAUAUGCCACUGAGAGUAACACAAAAUGUUCAAUUUCAAAUAUUUUUAAAGAAACAGGUUAUUUAAUGGAUCCCCACACAGCAGUAGCUCAGUAUGUAGCCUCACAACAUGGGGACAUGACAACUGUCAUAUCUGGUACAGCCCAUCAUGGGAAAUUUUGUGACAAUAUUUUGCCCAUCAUUGAUCCAAGUGGAGACAUAUCAAGUUUAAGUGUCAAAGAUUUGAUAAGUCGAGCAUCUAAAGUGACAACUAGACCACACAUGAACACAUUCUUACAAUCCAUGGUUCAGAAGAAUGUGUUACAUAAAGACGUUGUUCCUGCAGAUUACAACGAAAUUGUAGAUAUUGUUGUGAACUUUGCGAAGAAGCUGUAAAACAAUCUAUUCAUAUUGCAGAGAGCUGAACAGUUUGGUCUGUAAGCUUCUUGUAAUAUUGUUUUGACAUGUUGACCGAUAAAUAGUUGUUUUAUUAUAGAUAUUAUUACAAAACUUAUAUCAACUCCCUCAGUCUGUUCGUCUGGUAAAAAGUUUGUACAUAUUAUUUCUCCCACACCCAAUCUUGGAUCAAGCUGAAAUUUCACACAAUUAUUUCUUUUACCUGACAACACAAGAAUCAAUUAAAAAAAACUAACCAAUUAACUAUUGGUAAUAAAUUAUUUUGUUUGGUAUCUCAAACAAGGGAAAGAAAUUGUACUUGACUGAAGUGGUAGUAUAAGCUGAAGCAUUAUAAAAUAAUUUGAAUUCAAACUUAAUGAUACAAGUACGCUUAAUAUGAGCUUUGAUUCUCAAAAAAAGUUGUUGUUUUUUUGUUAUCAUGUUGCAGUCUAUAAUAAACUCUAAAGAUGUUGUUUUUUUAAA